AGUAGUAAGCUGGACAGACAUUUCAGAUGGAAACGAUGGCUUUCUCCACGCGUUCCCUGUGCGUGGGACUCGCCACAUCGCCUUCUCCUCGGGUAAUUUUGUCGUCCACUGGUCCUCUGAUUCGUCGGAGAUGCCAUAUCCCGAUGCUCGGAUCUGGGUCGCCGAUCAUUUGUGGGAUGUCGAUUAGUUGCUCGUUAAACCCUGGAAACGACGCCAAGACCCUACGAACUUGCAAGAACUGCAAAACCCAGUUCGACCCGGUUCUCAAUCAUCCUAGUGCUUGCAGAUUCCACACUGCACAUUACGGAGGUGAGACCAAGAGGAAGUUCGAGAGCGUGCACAGCGGGGGGACCAUGAGCACACCGGACGCGGGCCGAGUUUUCCAGUAUUGGCAUUGCUGUGGGGCUGAGGAUCCCUUUGAUCCUGGCUGCACCGCCUCUCCUCACCAAUCUUAUGAUGAUUGAUUGAUUGAUUGACGGCGGCAGGGAUUCACGACCCUUGCUGAUUCCACAUUUUAAUGAAAUACUAGAAAAAUGCCCGCUGCUACGCCGCGGGGACUUUAGUUGCAGAGUCGGGAUGAAUUGAUGGGAAGUUUAGUUUAUGGUCAAUGCAGACUGUCAUAGUUUUCUCUUAUGUAAGGAGGUGGAGAGUCAUGUUUGUGGGCAUUCCUUCUACUAAUCAAUAUGAGGCUGAGAUUGAGAUUGUUAAUACUAAACUGAAAGUAGACAUGUUGCUGACACAUCAGUCGGCUAAUAAUUUUCCAUGCUUGAGGAAAGACAUAUGAGUGUCAUGCCAUCCACGCGACAUAAGCACAAUGGCAUACUGAACUGGUGCAAACAAAGAUCUUAACUCUUCAGCCUGAGUGGCUUGACUCCUCACUCCUUACUAAGCCAGCAACGAAAGGCAGACAGGAAAGCAGCCGGCACGUGAAAUGAUUGAAUCAAGAGGGGUUGGAUCAUACUGCUGGCUUGGGGCUGGGAAAUCUAUAAACCUAGAAGCACAUAAUGAACGUAGUCAAUGACAGUAAAGAUACAAUUAAGGAAUUAACUUAAAUGUAGUUUUUCCCUACGAAAGAUACAAUUACAAAACUACUUAGUACAUUCUAUAAUUAGUAUAGGCAAGCAUAAUCUUAGGUUAGUCUAAUUUUAAUGAAAAUCCUACUAAUUAGGAAACCAAAUGAAUCUUUUUUGAGCACCAAAUGAAUCUUUUGUAAUUCAUGAAAACCACCCGUGACUGUCUAUGACUUGGACACAACCAAUCCAAAAUUAAGAUCCGAUAGCCUUUUAAAUGGUGAUGACUGAUGAGCAAGUCUAAGUUCAAAUAAAAAAUGGGGAACAAAUGGGAAACAAACAUACGUGUUUCAGGAAUAUGCAGACAAAAAAAAAACAUGAGUAAGUUAAAUAAUAAAAAGCCGAUCGACUCCAUGAAUUAGGAAAAAGGGCAUAAACUAUAUCAGUAGGGCAAAGUCUUCUUCAAGCCUCCUUGAACAGUAAAGUUGUCAACUGUACCAUUCCUUAAACGUUAGAAAGCAAAGCUAAAAUCAUAACUACCAAUGCCAAGGCACCUAUACGAAGGACUUUAAAGUAAAGGAUAAUGAAGUCGAGGUGAUGCACACACGUACGCUGUAGAAUAAAUAAUACAUACCCAGCUGAGACAGGUGACUGGAGCCUGGCACGUACCGCGGCUGUGGUAUAACUCUCUGAAAGCUUAAUAGGUGUCGACGGUGUAGUUGCAGCUGAGAACACGACAUUGAAGGGUAUGGUCAGGUUUGUUUUAGUAAUUACGAAAAUAAAACCAUAAUUUUUGCGAUAUGGAAGUCAAAUAUAUCUUGAGGAUCUAAUAAUCUGAAUCAGUUGCAUAAAAGACUUUGAUUUGUGGUACACACAACUAUCAUUUGUACGUCCAUUGAGAUGCAAUUCCGUUAUCGGGCAAAAUAUCAACGACAUCUAGACACCGAGAUAGACCAUGCAAGAGACAGCAUAACAAAACUGCAAAUGCAGAAAAGCAAGGAAGGUUCUUUCAGCUGGUUCUUUGUCUCUGAUAACUUCCUACAGGGUUACUAAUUUCUAAGUGUCGAGCAUGCAUGAAAAUUUGGAAAAACUGCACUGCAUAGUUGGGUUUGAUGUCCCUGCUACAACCUCUGGACCGUAUAAGCAGCAAAUGCAAAUCUAAAUGGCAAGUACCAGGAUAAAAUAGCAUGAGAAGGUGAACCAACCUCUUGUCUAGGGUCUGCAUUGCUCACAGAACACCGAAAUUUGGACUAAUGAAGCAUUACUGGAACA